AUGACUACCUUUUUUUUUAAAAAAGAACUCUGCAAUUGUCAUUUCUCUUUCUUUUCUCCUCCUUUUUCUCUCUCAAUCUCCUUUUCAGAUUCGUUCUCUUUCUCUCUUCCUUCUUUCUUUCUUUUUCUUUUUCAAAUCUAGAUUUGUCCCUUCUCUUCUUCUCCAUUUUUUUCUCCAGCAAUUGACGAAUAAAAAUUGCAGUCACUCUCUUUCGUUGUAUUUAUUCUCUUCAUCAACUCGUUGGCCUAAAUUCCGAUCUUUCUCAUUUUUUUGGCAUUUUGGUGUUCUUGAUUGCGGAAGAGGAAAUGAGAGGUGACAAAAGACGAUUUUUUUCUCUCCCUCCUUCUAUUUUUUUCCUUUUAGAUAAUAUAUAUUAAUAUUAUGACUCUAUACAUAUGGUAUUGGGUGGUAACGAAAUAUAUAUUGAUAUUACCACACUAUACCAUAUGAUAAUGUAUAGUAUUGUGUGGUAAACGAAAUAUAUAUUGAUAUUACCACACUAUACCAUAUGAUAUUGGGUGGUAACGAAAUAUAUAUUGAUGUGACAAAAUUUUUUCAUACCAUAUAGUAUAGUCUUAUUUAAUACCAGUCAAUACCAUAUGGUACAGACUGGUAAUAACUGACAAAUUUUUUUUGUAAAAAAAAAAACAAAGUGGAUAUCAUCUUGAAGAUCACAAUUAAUCUGAUCUAAUUGUGAAUUUUUUUUUUAAUUUCGACUUAAAACGAGUGAGAAAUCGUCCGUUAAAGAUUAAUGGAAGGAAGAUUAAAGGUUUUUCGAGGAGAGAGAAGAAGGCACUGAUGUGGUAUGGUCAAAAGUCAGCGUUAGCAAUAAAUAGCAUAAGUGCAAUUGUACCUUACUGCCAUUUUGCAUUUAAUUUAAAUAAAAAAAGGACUAACACGUGGAGACAAGUGAAGGGGUUACUGAUGGGUUACUGUUGGGAUGAAUAGCUUUGAAAAGCUAUAAAUGAAAUUCCUAAUUAAUUAUUCAGUAUUUUCCAUAAUACUUAAAUAAGAUGGAUAAUUAAUAAAAGGAAUAUUAUGGAGGUAAUUAGGAAUAAUUAUCUUAAUAGAUUAUAUUUUAAUUAUGGGAGUAAUUAUCUCCCUAAUUAAAAUAUGACUUAUUCCCAAAGAAAGAGGGAAUAUUCUGGGUUUUCUGCUCCUAUAAAUAGGAGGCGCCCCAGACCCUCUAAACACACCUCAGAAGAGCAGAAACACGAGAGAGAGUGAAUUCAUAGAGCUCCGGUUUUUCGCACAAAACCGAUGAGCAACAAAAUCAGAAUGGCUGUUUUAUCCUUGAGGCGACCGGCUGAUAGUCUGCUGUGCGCAUUACGAGGCAGUGCCGCGAACGUCUUAAAGAGAGCGACCUAGUCCGCGACUCAGCCAGAUUCGGUAACCCUAAUUUAUCUGUUCGAUAUCUAACAAUUUUAAGACGUUGUGUUGCUGCUAUGUUUACCGAACAGAUCGAUUAUCGGGUCUGGCUUGAACAAAUCUCAACCCUGCCGUCGAAAGAAAAAAGGAUCUUGUGCCUUUACUUACGGAUCGGGGUGGCCGCUUAUUGACGGUCUAUACUCUCCGGCGAAGCAGAAGGCCACCAAUCGAGGUAACUACGCUAGCCGAUCGGUGCUCUUCCUCCUUUGAGCUCCGGAGCUUCUCGCCGCAGUCAAAUUCAAGCUGCUCCUCGCCUUUUCGCUGCUAUGCCUCGCAAUUUUCCUGUCCUCAAGUCUCAGCUCUUUCAUGGGCUGGAUCCCCGACCAGCCUUCCUUCGUAACGUCCACUUAUCGGGAUCCUACACAGUGCUGAUCAACACCUGGAGGCUGAAUUCGCCGUUGAAAAGAACAGCCGCUCAUUACGCUUCGUGCGUCGGGGCGGACGUGAUCCUUGUUGUGUGGAGAGAGAUUGAACCGCCAUCGGAGAGGUUGAAAUCGGAUCUCGACAGAGCCGUGAAGUCGAAGUCGUGAAGACCUGAUAUCCGGGUCGAGAUUGAGGAGAACGGCGGCGUUGGGAGCGGCAGGUUUAAGCCGAUUGAUGGAGUUAGAACGGAUGCGAUUUUCUCUGUGGACGAUGACGUGAUUGUGCCGUGUUUGUCUCUGGAAGUCGCUUUCUCGGUGUGGAAGACUGCUCCCCUGACCGUGGUUGGGUUUGUUCCACGUAUGCAUUGGCUUGAUUUAGAGCUUUUGAAGAGUGGUGGAGUGUACCAUAGAUAUGGAGGAUGGCUGUCAGUUUGGUGGAUGGGGAGCUACAGAAUGGCUCUGUCCAAGGCUGCAUUCUUUCACAAGUACUUGGAUUUGUAUACCAAUGAAAUGCCUCCACCGUUGCAAGAUUACCUAGCUAGAGAGAUAAAUUGUGAAGAUAUUGCAAUGUCUAUGGUUGUGGCAAAAUGCUUCUGGUACUCCUCCUCUUUGGGUCAAAGACGGAGCAGAAGAAUGGAACUAUGAAAGAAGUGUUGAUGAACCACUAAAUCUAAAGGUACGCAGCUGGAAAGAGGAGUGAAGCUAUAUAAAUAGCCUACUUCAGCUAGACAACCGAGUCGAUCAAGGAACCUGGACAAGCUCCUCUGCCUGUGGUGGAGUUAAUCUCGGUAGGAAGGGUCAUGUUCAGAAAAUCACGAUCAGGGAAACAAUAAUCAAUUUGGAGCACUUGAAUAACUCAGAAACAGAGUUCCUGGAAAUUGAUUCUCAGAGCUUGAGCCAAUGGCUUCUCGGAAAAGAGGUAAGAACUGAAACCUUACUUAUGAGUCAUUUAUUAAUGACAAAUUAGAAUCUACCAUAUGCAUGGAAUUGAGAAUCAUUAUGAAUGCUAGAAAUGAAAAUCUAGAAUUGAUGCAUGUUGACAUUGAGAUUUAGUACCUCGAUGAUUAGAAAUUGAAUACAUGUUGUGGAGUAUAAUGAUUUUGUGCAUGCAUAUAUGUGAAGAAUAUAUGGGAAUAGAAUGGGUUUAUUGCCCAUAAUAACGAUAUUAUAAGAAGUACUAUUAUCAGUACUACACGAACCACUUAGGUUGUUGUGAAACAUUAAAGUUUCAAGAAUGUGAGCAGCAAGCUGAACCAGAUCCAUACCAAUUAGAAUGGUACCUAUCGUGGUAACCAUAAGAUUGUCACACAAUUCUCUAAGAAUGACGCGAUGUUUCUCAAUUAAAUUUGAGAAGAACCAGGUCAUUUGACACGAAAGUGUUAGAGCAAGUUUAACAUAGUAUUGUGUUAACUUGAUUAAAGAAGAGGAUUUGGCAAUAAUAAUCGCUUAGGUGAUGACAGAGGUUAGCCUUAUUGGCAACUCUGGAGAAUGGUUGUUGGAUACUAGCGCCCCAGGCAUGUCUGUGCUAGACGAUCUAAGAUGGAUUCUUUUUUGGACGUGUGUGUCCUUGUAAAGAACUAGAAUAUCUAAAGUCACAUUCCAUAUUAUUCUCGAUCGCUUGAGAUAAAUAAAAUUUUUGUAUCCAAGCAAAAUGAUCCAUAAAAUAUGUGGUUAUAUCAAGAAAUAGUGGGGGUGAUAUCCUGCCUACUAUUAGAAAUAAUGGAUAACUAGUGGGGGUGAUGAAUCUGAGUAUGAACUCAAAAGAGACAAAUGAACCAUAAAUCACGAAAGGAUUUUGGUUAUGAAUUUGUUAUUUACACACUAAGAAAGAAAGAUCCUACAAGUCUGCUAGAAGUUCGAACUUCCAUAAAGAUGCAGAAUUGUGGGAGAAUCUAUUAUUCACGAAAUGGAAUUAUUGGAGUCUAAUAAGACUUAAAACCUUGUAGAGUUACCUCUUGGUUGAAAAGCCUUGGGUAAUAUAUCGAUAGAAUCGAACAAGAUUUGGCAUCUUUGAGAAUUACCUCUUGGCAAUGAAGUCAUGGGUAAUAAAUGGAUUCUUAAAAG